GCAGCUUACACGACAAGUUUUAACCCAGCCUUUUCCAUCUUAUCCCUGCUCGACUACGACAGCAAAUUCCAGUCCCUGGGUAACCUACCGCCAUGGCCGACUCCGGCGAUGCAAGGAACGACGUGGGGUCAGGGUCCCCCAAAGCAGAACUUCCGGGCGAGCUGAAGUAUAUUCAAUACCAACAUUCGCUCGAGUCGCAAUACUUGCCGUCUAUACGUGCCCUCAUCUCAAAAGACCUAAGUGAGCCGUAUAGCAUUUACGUUUACCGCUACUUCCUCUACCAAUGGGGCCACCUCUGCUUCAUGGCACUUAAUCCCACCGACUCUUCUCUCAUAGGCGUAGUAAUAUGCAAGCUCGAGAUGCAUUCCUCCCAUUCCGCACCCACGCUACGGGGCUACAUCGCCAUGCUCGCCGUUUGCGCUCAAUACCGAGGCCACGGCGUGGCUACCGCGCUCGUCAAGAUGGCUAUCGAUGCCAUGACCAACCGCAAUGCGGACGAGAUUGUGCUCGAGACGGAGGAGACAAAUAUACCCGCGAUGAGGCUGUACGAGCGGCUCGGCUUCUUGCGCUCCAAGAAACUGCACCGGUACUAUCUGAACGGUAAUAGCGCAUACCGCCUGGUGCUGCUACUAAAGCCGACCGACAUGGAUGCUUCCGCGGAACUGGCGCUGGACGACGAGGACUCCACCUUGAAAUAGUGGAAUGGGUGUUCCUUCUCGAGACGCGACGCUAUUGAUUACUCGUCACGGCCCUUCCACCGGACUAUCCGCACCCACGGCGGUCAUCACAAAUCACAACCAAAUUAACGGACUUUACCCCGAAUA